AUGGCUGUACGUCGGUUGGAGGCGCUAGAGCGAAAGCUGCAGCAGAAUCCAGAAUUGGAACGACGAGUGCGAGAGCAGAUCGUGGAAUACGAGCGUAAGGAUACGCCCACAAAAAAACCCGGCAAGGUGCGGCUAAUCUGGGAUGCAGCUGCCAAAAAGAACAACGUUUCCUUCAACUCCAAGCUGCUCAAGGGCCCGGACCUACUGUCCCCGCUUCCGCAAGUUCUCCGUCAGUUUCGUCAGUUUCCAGUCGCCGUGUGUGGAGAUAUCAUGGAGAUGUUCCACCAAAUAAAGAUUCGAGCACCCGACUGCCAGUCGCAACGGUUUCUGUUCCGCGACAACCCGUCGGAUCCACCUAGGGUGUAUGUGAUGGACGUCGCCACGUUUGGUUCGACCUGUUCUCCAACCUCUGCACAGUAUGUCAAAAACCUCAACGCGGAAGAGUGUUCAGGCCAAUAUCCGCGGGCUGCCGCGGCUAUCAAAAACAAGCACUACGUGGAUGACUACCUGGACAGCUUCGAGACAGUCCAGGAGGCGAUCGAGGUCGUCGACGAGGUUAAGUUGGUACACUCUCUGGCUAGUUUCACGCUGCGUCACUUCUUGUCCAACGAAGCAGGUGUUCUCGAGGGAAUCGGUGCGAUAUGCGAAAUUGAGCCGAAGAACCUGGACCUAGAACGAGGAGAAAAGCUGGAAUCGGUGCUCGGCAUGAAGUGGAUUCCAUUCGACGAUGUCUUCGUGUACACGUUCGGCCUGAGGGAAGAUCUACAGUCCAUACUCGCCGAAGGUCACAUUCCAACAAAGAGGGAAAUCGCCAGGAUUGUGAUGAGCUUGUUCGACCCUCCCGGACUCGAGCUGAAAGCAGCCGUCCUCGGCGUUCGACUGUUAGAGACCAUCCAGAACCAGCACAGUUUCACGAUCAGCCGUCGCUUCUGCUGGAGUGAUUCGGGUACGGUACUUGCGUGGAUUCGCUCCCAUGAUCACAGGCGCUUUCACAAGUUUGUCGCCGUCCGCGUCGGUGAAAUCCUGACUUCCACAGAGCAACGUGAGUGGAGGUGGGUGCCUACGAAGCUCAACGUCGCCGAUCUAGCUACCAAGUGGGUAUCUAGUCCGCAGUUAACCAUGGACAGCCCUUGGUUCCAGGGGCCAACCUUCCUCAAAGACCCUGAAGAGGACUGGCCGCAACAACGAACGAUCACUUCAACUGACGAAGAGCUACGACCUGCACACUUUCUCUUGGCACAUUUCGAUCCGAUUGUGGAUUUAGCUCGGUUUAGCAGUUGGACCAAAUUACACCGUGCAACAGCCUACGUGCUGCGUUUCGUCGACAACAUUCGCAGAAAGAAGCAAGGACUUGCGUUGGAGCUUGGCGUUCUCAACAGUGACAAACUACGGCGAGCAGAAGAAAUGCUGUGGAAGUUAGCCCAAGUCGAGGCCUACCCUGAUGAAGUCGCCGUUCUCGCUACAUCUCAAGGUCCGCCGGAUCGCCGCCACGUCGUGGUGAAGAAGUCCAGCAAUAUCUACUCGAAAUGGCCUUUCAUUGACGAGAGAGGAAUUCUGCGGAGUCGUGGUCGAAUCGAAGCUGCCCCCUACGUAGCGAUGGAAGCGAAGUUUCUCCCCAAGCAGCAUGCGAUCAGUUUCUUCAUCGUUGACUGGUUCCACCGCCGUUUCCGUCACGCCAACCGAGAGACGGUUGUUAAUGAGAUUCGCCAGCGCUUCGAUAUCCCGAUGCCAAGAAGGUUGGUGGAUAAGGUAGCUGGUAACUGCGUAGUGUGCCGCAUCGCAAAGUCGGCUCCAAAACCACCCGCGAUGGCUCCGCUUCCCGAAAUGCGUCUGGCAGCGUUCAACCAACCGUUCACGUUCACCGGGUUGGACUAUUUCGGCCCAGUGCUCGUCAAGAUAGGCCGAAGCAACGUCAAGCGGUGGGUGGCCCUAUUCACCUGCCUGACUACCAGUGCAAUCCAUCUGGAGCUGGUACACUCCUUGAGCACGGAGUCAUGUAUCAUGGUUGUUCAACGCUUCGUUUGCCGCCGCGGACUUCCAAGGGAAUUCUGGACAGACAAUGCCACAUGUUUCAAGGGAACCAGUAACGAGUUGAACAAGCUUACCAAAGAAACGAAGAAAACCCUGACCGAGAAGUUCACCACAGCGCAGACAACCUGGAAGUUCAUCCCACCCGCUACUCCGCACAUGGGUGGAGCGUGGGAGAGACUUGUGCAUUCAGUUAAGGUGGCGAUCGGGGCAAUAAUAGAUGGACCACGCAGACCGAACGACGAAACGUUGGCAACGAUUCUGCUCGAGGCGGAGGCAAUGAUCAAUUCUAGACCUCUGACCUACGUUCCGCUUGAGUCUGCAGAUCAAGAGGCCCUGACGCCCAACCACUUUUUGUUGGGCAAUUCCUCUGGAAUGAAAUUUCUGGCUACGGAGAACUUGGACGUUCGUUCGACUCUUCGUAGUAGCUGGAAGCUAGCCAGGUACAUCACCGGCGAGUUCUGGAAUCGGUGGCUGAAAGAAUACCUGCCGGUCAUCACGCGCAGAUGUAAGUGGCUCCAGGACGUCAAAGAUAUUGCGGUAGGAGACCUGGUCUUAGUGGUGGAUGGGAAGGCAAAGAACCAGUGGAUUCGGGGCCGAGUCGAAGAGGUCUACCCCGGACGAGAUGGUAGAGUGCGGCAAGCUUUGGUCCGAACAUCGACAGGCGUUAUCCGAAAAGCAGCCGUAAAGCUAGCUGUUCUAGAUGUCGUGGAGGAACGUAAACCUCUCCCUGGAGUUUCGGAUGUCCCUGAUCCUCACCAAGGUUUACGGGCGGGGGUAUGUGCCGACAAGACCCCUCGUUUCGGUAACCCAGGCCGGCACAGCGCUUUGCUUCCGGAUGACAGUCCGCAAAGAGAAGAAAAUUGA